CUUCCAUCAAGUCCACACCUUUUCAAUCAAAACCCACCGCGGAGAGACCCAUCAACCACAAUAUCGCCAAUUAUAUCUUGUACUCGAUUGCAGAGGAUAUUACCACCCCUUUGUCUAAUUGCUGCCUUUCCUGUUAGGUAGCAGACUUGUAGAAUAGGCUGAAGAGCCAAGUUGACAAGAAUCAAGAAUCAAGAUAGACUUUGGCAGUACAGUAUCUCAGGAAACAGGAGCAUGGGCAUCAAAGGCCUUCUUCACAAUCUUCAUGUCUUUUACUUGGUCUUGUUUCUUGUGGGUUUUCAAGGUUCCGCACAGGGACGGUUCUUUUCCAUCAAGAAACCUGACCCGAAGAAUGCUGCUGCCACUGCUCGUUGGUUGGUCUCUCAGAAUUACUGGGGGGUUUUAAAUACCAUUUCAAGUGAUUUGGGAGGAGCACCAUUUGGGAAUAUAGUUUCAUUUAGUGAUGGGCUACCUAAAAAAGGUACUGGCAUCCCAUACUUCUACUUGACAACUCUUGAUCCAACUGCCAGAGAUGCAAUGAAAGACGAGAGGGCUUCAUUCACGAUCAGUGAAUACCCUAUUGGAACUUGUGGCAAGAUAGACCCUGAGAAUCCCACUUGUGCAAAAAUUACACUUACUGGCAAGUUGAAGCUAGUUGAUAAAAAGUCCAAAGAAGCAGAAUUUGCUAAAAGUUCCUUGUUCUCAAAGCAUGUGGAGAUGAAGGACUGGCCUGAGGAUCACAACUUCCAGUUCUUCAAGUUACAAAUUGAGAACAUAUUUUUGAUCGAUUGGUUUGGUGGUCCAAAACCUCUUUCGGUGGAUGAGUACCUGCAUCCCAAGAAGAACAAACUUACUUCCAUUUUGUCAAUGCUCAUCUAAUUGCCACUAUUCUCAUCUGUUUGUGCAUUGGAUGUUAAUCUGAAGUGUGUAUAAUCAAUUCAUUUGUAAAUAAGAAGUGACAGUUAUGAUUACUGUAUAUGUCGUUAUAGUUGUGCCAUCUUAUUGUCUGAUAAGAAUCAUCAAAGAUGAUAAGUUGUUGGUACAGGAUUUGUACUCAUGACAAGCACCCUUAUUGUUUAUUCCAUAAUAAUCUGAGGAUGUACAAACUAUACACACUUCGAAAUUAAUGUCGGUUGAUUCACGUGAUAUCGUGUAUAUAUAUGUGCUCAAAGACA